UCAUGGUUCAUGCGAUGAUUGUUCCAUGAACUGUUCAUGGUUCAGUGAUGAAUGUUUCAUCCAUCGUUCAGUACAGAUGGAGCCACUUCGGAAAGAAAUACAAGUAAAGCAACAUGGCGAUGUCCCCCUCCGGAGAUUCCGGAUCAACAAAUACAAGUACUUUUUUAAACACACAACCUCAACUGGAUCGUUUGAAACUGUUAUAUCCUGCAGUUAACGAAGAAGAGACCCCGUUGCCUCGAUCUUGGAGUGUUAAAGAUAAAUUUAACUUCAUAGGCCUUUCACAGAAUAACCUUCGAGUUCAUUACAAAGGUGUUGGCAAGAACCACAAGGAUGCGGCAAGCGUAAGAGCCUGGCAUCCUAUACCUGCUGCAUGUGGCCUGUACUAUUUUGAGGUGAAAAUAGUCAGCAAAGGCAGAGAUGGUUACAUGGGAAUUGGCCUGUCAGCACAGGGCAUAAACCUGAACAGACUUCCCGGAUGGGACAAGCAUUCUUACGGUUACCAUGGUGAUGAUGGUCACUCAUUUUGUUCGUCGGGCACUGGCCAACCAUACGGGCCAACAUUUACUACGGGCGAUGUGAUUGGCUGUGGAGUGAACCUUAUUGACCACACAUGUUUCUACACAAAGAACGGAGUGAAUUUGGGUGUGGCCUUUUCAGAUCUUCCACCAAACCUGUAUCCGACCGUUGGGCUGCAAACCCCUGGAGAAGUUGUCGACACAAAUUUUGGACAAAAUCCGUUUGUGUAUGACAUAGAGGACGAGAUUAAGGAAAUCCAGUCCAGGAUCAGGGGAAGCAUAGAGAAUUUUCCUGUCUGUGAUAAAAAAGGCGAAUGGCAGACAGCUUUGCACAGAAUAAUGUCUACAUACCUGGUGCAUCAUGGCUAUUGUGCGACUGCAGAGGCCUUUGCCAGGAGCACGGGCCAAGCCUUUGAGGAGGAGCUAACCUCCAUAAAGAACAGACAACGGAUACAGAAACUGGUCCUAGCUGGGAGGAUGGGUGAAGCCAUUGACAUGACACAGCAGCUAUACCCCGGACUCUUAGAGCGCAAUCUGAACCUGCUCUUCAUGCUUAAGUGCAGGCAGUUCAUAGAGAUGGUCAACGGCACGGACUCGGAGGUGCGCGGCUCUGCGAUCCGCAGCCCCAAGUCGCGCAACAGCAGCGGCGGCUCGUCCUCACGCUCGAGUCCGGGCAUGAGCCCCAACUACCACAGCGUGCAGAAGUCCGGCAGCAGCAGCCCUAGUCACAUCAUUAAUACGAAGCCGCCCCCGCAGGCCGCGCCCCAGCAGCAGCAGAACUCUGAUGUGAGACCGCUGCUGUCGGAGGAGGCGAUGAACGACGUGAACGUGGCGGCAGGCAGCGCGGUGAACGGCGGCGCAGUGCUGCCUCCCGCGGUUGGCAUGGAGACGGAGUCGGGGCGCCUGCUCACUGACGAGCUCGAUCGCGGCAGCAUGAGCAACGGCACGUCGUCGACGACGAACGGAGCCGUGUCGAACGGAACCUGUCACCAAGACGUGGACGGCGACUGCGACAUGGAGAUCGACCAUGAUCAACCGGAGCCUCGAAGGCAGCUGUGCGGUGGCAGCGCUAUUGCUGUUGAUAGGAUGCUACAGUUUGGCAAGGAACUGCAGCAGCUGAGCGUGCAACUACGGCAAGAGUUCGGCAAGAACGAUGUCAACAAAAAGAUUCUGCGGAAUGCUUAUAGUCUACUAGCCUAUGCCGAUCCGUGGUCAAGCCCAGUGGGUUACCAGCUUGCAGCUGUGGAGAGAGAACCUGUCUGUGCUGCUCUUAACAGUGCUAUACUAGAGUCGCACAAUCUUCCUCGGCAGCCACCACUGGAGCUGGUGAUCGGUCAGGCCAAAGAGUGUAUGAAUCUCAUGUCCCGAGCCGGAAUGGGGUCAUGUGCUUUUGUCUCCGUCGAUUCCUACCUGCAUUGAUGUAAAAGCUAAUUAGACUGCACCGUGUAGGACAGGCAAGAUGUUUUAGGCACUUGAGGGAUUAUCCUUGGUUUCAACACCCAACUUUAAGCCAGUACAUUAUCGAGUUGUGCAUGUGUGCUAUAUGCUCGACUAAGGAGAAGACCAAAAAAAUUGAGACAGUAACUGAAUGAAGACGGCUGUAGAACGACGCGUGGUGUCUGUAAUGUGUGGUGGAUGUUUGCGGUGUGCAGCCGAUAUAACAUCUGAAAACUUUGUCAAUGGAACCCAAGCAUUUUCCGACAACAUUGUAUUUUUGUGAGAUGUGCGUAUUGGGUGAGCUGUCCGUGUGUCGUGUGUGAUGGAUUUGUGAGCUAUACUCUAGCUGGUCAUGUGUCUCGUUCUUGAUGGUAUAUAUUCUUAGUUUAUGUCAAUGGAUGUUGCGACUAAGGGGUCUUGCCAAAAAACGUCCUUGGCCAUUGUACAAAAUGUAUUUUAGUAAUUCGUUAAUCCAUUGAAUCGACUGCUGGUGUCCAGGACUGCUUUCGUGAGUUUCCUGAGAACUUUCCAGGGGAAAGUAAGAAGAUUCAUCAUGUGGCAAUUUAUAUUUUGCAGAGAUAGGAGAGGCGUGUAAUGUGUGUGUGGUGUCAGGACAGGCUCAUCUAUAGGCUUUAAUCAUGUAUUGGAACAGCACUGCAUGCAAAUUCUUUCAUUGUAAUGUGCGUUUGCAUUACUUUCACAGCAUACAAUAUUUAUUGUCGCCUGUCAUUGAAGGCUAGUUUCAUAUAGUAAAGCUGUACUGCCUUACUGAUGACCCCGGAUAAAUACAAUUUUCUUGCAUCCUAUCUAGCAUUCUAAGCUCACCCAGCUUGCAACCCUCAUGAUCAUCUCUUGUAACUCUUCUACAGUUCUUCCGACUGUCAAAACUAUGUUGACUAAAUAUACUUCCUCAACGUAUCUUUUUUCAUUGAGAACUCUUCAGCUAGUACAAGAGAUAAUGUUAGUGCGUAUACAGUGGACAUAAAAAUGUUUUUUGCUGACGUACUGGUCUGGUACUGAAACAUUAGAUCGUAUUACUGGAAAUACAAAAUCUUUAAAGAGUGGAUUAAGUACAGGCACGCAUGAGUCUAGAUAUCUAAUGGGUAUGCCUGCUAGAGACAGAGAGAGAUGCUUCCUUCCUAACGAGUUACACACGUGUGCUCUCUAUUUGAGGUCAUUACAUGCCUUCUUUCAAGGUGAGUAAUGGUAUAUAAAAUAGGUGAAGACUUGCUUGUAAUACUAGUCUGUAUUUUUAUUGUUGCCAAUUUAGCAAUUGCGUGUGUUCGUGCCUAUGGGCGUGCAUGCGUGUAUGAGGAUUCGUUACUGUGCCCGUUUGUUUGAGAGAGGAUGUAGAAAUAGCCUUGUCACCAUCUCAACGAUGCCAGGACAUAGAAUGUAUGACGCCUAUGUACAUAUAUAUAUUGCAGAUUUAACCUGCAGACCUUUCCUGAGCAUAAAAUUAGUUGAAGGUUGCUGCAGAAAGGAUAUUUUUCUACCUAUUAAAGUAAAACAAAAGAUGCACAGUAAUUGUGCACCGAGCCCACCGGCCACGUGCAAAAAUCAUUAAAGGAAAUGGAACCACAUCCAGUCGGUCUAGCACCAGUGGAGCUAUAGUCUAUGAAAGUAAAGUUGUGUUUCUUGUGUUCGUACUUUUAUGUUCUAGUUUGUUGCAGCUAACAUGGUGACCUUGCUAUGUAAACUAUUUUUUCCGGAACAUUGGAGAACAGUUUGGGACAAGUAAAUGUUACAUUGCAUGCAUGUUUUCCCAUGUAUGGCCAGGGUUUGAAGGUCAGACCGGGGGUUGCUGCCAAUUUAGCGUAUGUUCUAUAUGGCUGUUUUCACGGGCACACCAAUUUCUCAUCGACGGAUUUUCAUUGAAACACAUGUUCCGUGAUCUUGAUGUAUGGCACUAGUAACCAAUGCGCUAUUGUGACCUUGAAAUCUACUAAAUUCGUUAUGGAAUCGCUACAUUUCCAUGAGCGUUUUUCAGAUAGAGUAGGAAAAGAGUAGUAGCAGUAGCAGUAGCAGUUUCCAGCAUUAAUGUAGAAAGACUGCAUCGGUACAUAGAUCGAAACCAUUACAAGAAAGUAGGCUAUUUUUUACGUGUCACCACUGUCCUAGCUCACAGCGAUACAUUUUGCUAUGGUUUUUUAGUAUAAUACUAACUUGUGCGUGCAUCAGACAAUUUUGUAGUUUAUAACGCUGAACACUGCACUCGUGUGAUUUCCACUAUUAAUCAUUGUGAGCGUGAGCAGUGUGACAGAUUGACGAAUAUUGCCUGACAUCUAUAGACGUCUGACCUAUUGCAUGUAACAUUCUUGCCGUGUCGCUCAUUCACGUGCCGACGAUGAAAAAUCAAAGCAUCUACUCGGACCCAUGUGAAUGUUCCUUCAAAGUGGCGGUGACUAAAAGCUUCUCUAUAUCUAAUGACUAAUGGUAGGUGCCAAUUACGACAGCGUGCUUGUUUGUAUCGAUGGUUGUUCGAUAUGUGUUCAUCUUGUGUCGAUGAAAGUAUGCAUGUUCGAUAUAGCACAUAGUUCUGGUGAUCUCGAGAAAGAUUCACUGCUAUAGGUGAGAUACGAGCCACGCGGGCUCUGGUGAGGAAGCCAUGAUACUAGCUAGCUAGGUGGGUUGAUGUCCUGAUUGUACUUGGGAGUACAUGUAUUCGGAGGUGAAAACAUCGUCGUUGAAAUGCCCCACUUGUUCCAUUACUUGCCAGCAACAUGCUGAUGGUAUACUUUAUCGAUGACGCCACACUGAUGUAUGUUGAUUCGUAGGUCCCAACCUACCGGAGAAGUAUGGUGGACAAUUACAUGUUUUCCUUCUGCUAGAUAUACUCAGUGGUUAGAUUAUGUAUUAGAUUGGAUAGCUGUGUGCGUGUGUGCUGGCACCAGCAGGUGCUUGUAUGGUUCGAGUGGAGCAGCGUCUUGCUGAAGGCAUUCUUGUGACCUGAAGGAAGCCUUGUCAAGCGAGAGGAGCGGUGCCGGGCUGUCAAAGAAGCUGCGUCUUUCUCCCAAUACAGUGGCGUCUGAUUGUGCACGAAAAAAGGUAAAAAUGAUCUUGAAGGAGUCUUUGUUGGAUUGUGACGAGAUUGGUGUCGGACUGUCAAUGAAGCCACUCAAAGGAGUAGUGUGGCCUGUGAAUGAAUGGAACUGUGUUGUACUGUGAAAGGCUAUGUAAAUAGCAGUGUCUGUGUGGCGGGUUUGUGGGGAGACAGGUGGAGGUGCGUGCGUGCGUGCGUGCGUGCGUGCGUGCGUGCGCGCGUGUGUGCAGUAAGGCAUCCAUCCUGCACCGCGUAGUCUUCAUGCGGACACGCACAGCAUGCGUUCAUGGGCACGUGCGCCGGCAUAUCAUUGCGUCGUAGCAGUGUGGGCCGCUGGGUGCGACAAAGGUGAGGUGGAGAUCGAUGAUUGGCAUCACGAGUGAAAGUUAAAGCAGUAGUGACUCGAUUCAUCAUGUUUAUAUAUUAUAAUAAUAUCGUAGCGUUGUCUCUGGAGACAGAGCGAGAGAGAGCAAGAGGGAGGGGCGGUUGUUCACCAGUUAGUGUAAGGUUAGCUAUAAUAUUACCGGUAUGCAGUGUUUGAGAGUUAUAUUCUAAUAUAAUAAGGGGCUAGAGAUUUGCAGCACCGUCCGUCUCUGGGUGCCACAGUAGCCAACAAUUGGUAAACGGAAACAGCCGAGGGUAUAGUACUCUGGCUCCUGUGCACAUUUGAUGUACGUGUUUUCAGUGUGUUAGCCUUGAUUAUGGGUAGUGUGGCAGGAUAAUUAGGAGUUCACUUGCCUCACACAAAGAUGACGAUCCGCGCACGAGAUAGCAAUGCACGAGAAUGUAAUAUCUUAACACGCGACCAUGUGCGUAACUACGGGGUCAUUUCACGUGGCCGAUUUGUGUCCCUACCAGGUUGACAGCGCCAUCAAACGGCAAGUAAUAGAAUUAGAGGUGACGUGUUAUCGACGUUUUGUGUCACAUCUGUACUGUUGUACUGUGAUGACGCUUGAUAAUGUACCCUUCAUAGCGUCUUCUUGAUUCGCAGUUUCACGUUUCGUUUUACGUUCGAAUGUUAUUGAAUGCAACCAGUGCAUGUGAAAGGUUGAGCACGCAUCAUCACUGAUAACUGUUGCCGUUGCCUAAUUCAAUCUAAUAACGUGUGUAACCGACUUCAUAUUGUUUCGGUCGAAUUAGCUGACACCGUGAUUCUAGGGAACGAUUACCUAAGAAAUAUUUCCGGGGUUCGUUAUGCGAGCAGCGUAUAAUAAGUUGUAUAGUAUGGUAUAUAGACACGGAUAUCUCAACAUAUUUUGCACGGUAAGUAUCUUGGUCGCGUUGAGAGUCAAGUCGCAUUAUGUUUUACGUCUGUGUACCUGAUAUCGAAAAUAUAAAUGCGUCCAAAGACCAUAGGUUCCAUAACGCGUUGUGACGGCGACGCAUACCGAUACGUGUGCGGAAGUUGUAUAUUCUAUUUGAGAAGGGCUAAGGAGUACCAUUGAUAUCUUAUUAAACGCGUGCAUUAUGGGAUAUCGAUGGAAUCGUGAGUGAAUAAAAACACGUUUGUUUCUCUUCACUCCUGAUGAGAUAGUACGAUCUAAUAGCAGCCGAAUCGACUGUGAAACUAGUUGGGUCUUCUCGAUCCUUUCUAUCAUUUUUGUGUGACGUCACGGCUUUGCACAUGACAUCACAGCCUGUGCGCAGCCGAAUGUCUGUGAGAAUGUGUAGCGGUUUGCUCUUCGAUAUAGCACAUUUUCUAUUUAUGAUGAAUAAUAUUAAGUUCUGCAUGGUAUUUUCACUUGAGAUAUUUAUUGUUAUAAUAUGAACAACUACUCCGUGUAGGUUGUAUGUUUUGUCAACGAGAGUUCAGUAAGUGAACUCGUACUGAAAUGAUAACAGUGGUCAAUAAAUGUUUAAAAGAAUAUCA